AUGUCUGGAUUCUGUACAGAUUUGGAUGAGGAAAGUGUUAAGCAAUCCCAAAUAUAUUAUACAGAGUUAUUAUCCUCCCUCUCGGAACGUUAUGACUCUUUUCACAAAAUAAUUUAUCAAACAAUUUGUAUUUUGGGGGUUAUUGCUAAUAUUUGUGUUGUUGUUGUUUUAUUAAGGCCUACAAUGAGAAAAAAUCCUUUCAACCUUUUUCUGAUUGGUAUUGCAAUUUGUGAUAUGUCGCUUAUGGCUUCCUAUUUUAUUUACAAACAAAUUGAACUUUGUCAUCCACUUUAUUUUACCUUUACUUGGAUUGUGUUCACCUAUUCUUAUGCUCUUUUUUCCGUUUUAUUUCACUCUGCUUCUCUUUGGAUUACUGUUAAUAUGGCUGUUUUAAGGUAUCUUGUAUUAAAAAGCAGCUCAAAUUCGUCAAGAAAUUGGCCUCGUUUAAAUACUUACAAAGCUGCAUCCUUUUCAAUUGUUGCAGCGAUAUUAAUAGCAGCUGUUGGUUCCGCGCCUAAUAUGCUUAGAUAUCAGAUAUUUUACAAGGGUGAAUUACCCGCACCCGAUGUUUGCAAGGCUAAUGGUUCAAAGUUUGCCUCGUUUUACAAGGAACCUGAUUCUAAUGUAUCUGCCUAUAUUUUAGCUCAACCAAGUUUUUGGAAUUGUACUUGGGAGCGUUUUAGUUUUUGGAUAGCUGGUCUUCUUCUAAAAUUAGUGCCUUGCCUUUUAUUAACUAUUUUUAUGACUUUACUUGUUCGAAUGCUUGUUGAAGCACGUGAGAGAAGAAAUCGCCUCCAUAGUGGAAAACAAUCAACACUUUCUUCUUUACCAACCCAAACUAAUAAUGGAAGAGACAAAUCUGUUGGAAAUGAAAAGGGUGCUUCUGGUAGUGGAAAUUCUUCCAAAGUGCAAGCUGAAAGAACAACAGCAAUGUUAACUAUAAUUGUUGCCGUUUUUCUCAUUACCGAACUUCCACAAGGCAUACUUGUUAUUUGGAUGGGUAUUAAACCACAAGUUCGCUUUGCAAUGGCACAAUUAUCGAAUAUUCUAGAUUUUCUCUCCUUGCUUAAUUCUUCUGUUAAUUUUUUACUUUAUGCUACAAUGUCCAAUUUGUUUAGACACGAAUUUUUACAGACUUUUGGUCAAUGCUGCCCCAAACGAUUUUUUUCGUUAUUUAAUUCAAAGAAAAAACGUGGGGGCUCUACUGACAGAUCUUCAAUUCCUAAUAUUAAUAAUAAAAGUGGUGGGCGUAAUAAUGCUGCACAUCGUGAAAUACAAACAAUGGCAAUAAAAUUAGAAUCACCCCCUUCCUCUUCUGGAUCUGAUGAAAGGUUAAAUUCAGAACAAGAGAAUCGAAGCGUAAUUAUCAACAAUAAUGUGAGAAAUAAUAAUGUUUCUUCAAAAUUAUCUUUAGCUGGACAGGAAAUAACAAGAAUAGCACAAAAAAGCAUUAAUUAUGCUUUUUCUUCUAAUAAUUUUUCUAAUGGAGGAAAUAAACAAAGAAAAAUUUUAGUUACUUUAGACAGGGGAGAUGAUUCAACAACUUUACAAUUUCAACAACAACCUUUAAAUAACAACAACAACAAAACUUCCAACAAUGUUUUACCGACGUUAAGACACAAACAACAAAAGAAACAAUUUGACGAAUCAGAAUUAUCCUUCAAAUUAAUAGUAAAAUAA